AUGCACAGAUCCUACCAACCUCUGAAGCCCAUCACCAACCGCUACCUGCAGCAGCGAUGGGACCACAACAACUACGAACACCACCGCAGGAAGGUGAGCUCCACCCUGCCCGUAGUGGACAAUAAGGGAGUGAGGACACCAGCUCACAUCCAGCUCAAACUGAAAAAAGUACAGCUGCAGGACGAGCGGCUGUCCAUCAUCGACAGAGACAACUGCCUGCUCGCCACCAAACUGGCCGACAUAGUUUGCUCAAAAGGUCUUGUGGACCAUCGGAACCACUCUGUUCAAACCAAGUAUGUAUUGAUCUUCGUCCUCAGUCUGAACACUGACAGGAGGAGGGAGGAGCUUCUCCUGGUCGGCCGUCAGAACCAGGCCAUCUACCAGCGAAUCACGUCCCGCCAGUCAGAGUACCGCCGCCCGCUGUGGUCGGAUGACUGGGAGAGGGCUGAGCGGCGGCGCGACGACAUUUCCCGAUACCCCCGACGGCUCGCUGAGAAGCAGAGGUCGCACAGGAAGGUCAAGUUUGCAGCCGUGGAGGGCAGCGAGCAGGAGACGAGCUGCAGCAACACGGACACCGACAGAGAAACCUGAGACACAAACACUGAAUGUGUUCAUAUAGAUAAACUAUCCUCCGAUAACUGCUGCAAUCAAUGACACGAAAUCUGGCUCAAAAACACAUAUUUCAAGUCAUAUUUCAUGUUCCGCUGAAUUCUGACCACUUUAUUAUCUGACGUUUCAUCAGGUUCAACACUUGUUACAGAACGACUGACAUUCUUCAGCCUCAGCUCAGUCUGUGUUUACUGCUAAUUAGCUAAUGUUAGCAUGUUGAUAUUAGCAUGUAGCUUAAAGCUGUUAACUCUUGUUGUGAUUUGACUGCUGGAAAAAACAUUGGUAUUAAUAAAAACUAUUAUAACUAAACUCCAGGUGUCUUUAAAAAAUAAAACAAAUAUCUCUCUCUCUCUCUCUAUAUAUAUUUAUAUAUAUAUAUAAUAUAUAUAUAUAAAUAUAUAUAUAUUAUAUCUAUUUUUAACAUAUCCAACAGUUUGUGAUGAAGCAUGCUGUAAUGUAACGCGGCACCUGACGAAGAUUAUUAUUUUCUAGGUUAAUGGUUCGACAUGUCCGUCCCAGUUCCUCACAGUCUGAAGUCUUUAAACAUUUUGUUCUGUCACUUUAAUAUGAAAUAAAACAGACAAAAGCAGCAAAUCACCACAUUUGAUGCUGAAAACACAUUUGAAGACAUUUUUGCAUGAAAACGAUGAAUCAGAAUAGCUGCAGCUCUUUGUCUGAAUGUUCUUGAGUUUUUGUGUCUUGUUUAAAGUUAUUGAAAUCCAAUAAAAAGAUUCUGACUAU